AUGAUGAUUUGCCUAUUAGGAUUUUUAGUCGUAACAAAACAACUAUUUAUACCUCGAAUCAUUCAUCGCGUAUGUGUUUCAAUGUCUCAGGCACUCGGCAAUCCCGACGCGACAGAAAGGAUAAUGAAAGCCAUUUCGUAUUACUGCGUGACAAAUAUCGAAGCGUUUGUAUUCUGCUACGCUGGGGAAUAUCUGAUGAAUCAGAGCAAGGCAAUUGGAUUAGCCGCGUACAGCACCGCCUGGUACGAAUUGGAGCCUAAACAAAGUCGCAUUUUAUUAUUCAUAAUAUUGAGAGCGCAGAAACAAUUGACGCUCACAGUUGGGAAUAUGACGGAUCUCUCGUUACAAUGCUUCGCAACCGUAAGAUUUCCAUAUAUUAUGCCAAAUAAAAAUUUAUGGAUGUUCGCAAACACAAUUACCCGCCCGAUCGAGAUCGGUCUUCGAGUAGUCGGUAUCUGGCCAGGUACCGCUUACGCGAUCGCCAGUCGGGUCUUUUGGACCACAACAAUGCUGGCCGCGCAGACCUUUCAGUAUCGUCACGUCAUAGUACACUGUAACUCGGAGGAGCUUGAACAGCUGAUGGACGGCCUGAGCGCGACGUUGUCGUACAGUUUGUUGUGUGUCAAGUUGAUUGUUUUCUGGACGAAACAACGAAUAUUCAACGACGUGUUAGAGAGGAUUGCGAGCGACUGGCAGGAGUGCGGGACCCCGGAAGAUUGCGGCAACAUGAACAGCGUGGCCGGUCUGUCCCAGCGAUUCUCCAAUCUGAUCAUCGGCCUGCACUCGGUGGCGGUGAUGGUCUACGGUAUCGGCGUCGUCGUUCUGAGCGGCGGCGAUGACGACGGCAUCGCCGACGACCGCGAGCUCUUCCUCAAGAUGGAGUUACCCUUCGAGAGCGGCACGUCGCCGGUCUACGAGCUUGUCAUGACCACGCAGUUCCUUCAUCAGAUAACAUCCGCUACCGUGAUCGGCGUGCUCAGCGCGCUGCUCGUUACGCUGGUGUUACAUGCGGGCGGCCAGAUAGAUAUUCUACGUGAAAGAUUAUUAGAACUUUUACCGAGGAGUCAGAAACCGACUAUAUCCAUGGUCACAAUAGGCCCGUUGAUCCGAAGGCAUCAAAACAUCAUCGUUUUCACGGAAAAAAUCGAAGCUCUAUACUCGUAUAUCGCGCUGGCACAAUUCAUAUCGAACACCCUCGUUAUUUGCUGCUUGGGCUUUAUCAUCGUGAAUUCGAUUGGCGCCCAAGAAGGCUCCUCUAUGCUAGUGAGAUCCCUUUUGUUUUACGUCGUCAUCAAUUUAGAAGCAUUCAUCUUCUGCUUCGCCGGCGAAUAUCUAAGCAUCAAGAGCAAAAUGAUCGGCGACGCGGCAUACGAGUCUUUGUGGUACGAUUUGGCUCCGAACGAGAGUCGAAUCCUGCUGUUUCUGAUAAUGAGGUCGCAAAAGCAAUUAACAAUCACAGUCGGCAGAUUCACGAAUCUCUCUUUACAACAGUUCGCGAACGUAAGUAUUGUCAUUAGUCGUGUGAGAUGAAAGCGUGAAA